AACCAGCGGAAAGUGUUCGGUCUGCUGGAGCACCCAGCGCUGCCCCCCACCUUGGCCGCCCCCAUUGCCACCUACAAACUGUUCCUGUCAGGGAAGAGUGGCGUUGGGAAGACAUCCCUGGUGGCCUCUCUGGCAGGGACCCCCGUGUCCCCCGGCCAUCACGAGACCCUCGGGAUUGAAGUCACCACAGUGUACUGGCCAGCCAAGCCAUGGGACAGCAGCCGCCCCGUCAUCUUCCAGCUCCAGUUCUGGGACUGCGGGGAUGGAGCGCUGAGAAAAUUCGAGCAUCUGCUGCCUGCUUGUAAGGCGGAGGCAGAUGCUGUCCUCUUCCUCUUCUCCUUCACGGAUCGCUCAUCCUUUGAGGAGCUGCCAGCACAGAUGAGCCGAGUGCUGGGCCCUGGCGAGGACAGCCUUGUUAGGGUGGUGGUUGGCACCAAAUCUGACCUGUCCCCACACAUGGCUGUGACAGAGAGGGAUGUGACAGCCUUUGAGGGGCUGUGGGGGCUGCAGGUGCUGCGUGCAGGCAGCGUGCCGGGGGCCGGGGGGGCCGGGGGGAGCCGCAGGGCGCUGCCACGGGUCACCCCCAUCCUUGACACCCUGGUCAAGGGGCUCUGGCGCCGGGACCAAAUAGCAGCUGGUGUCACCCCAGAAG